AUGUAUGUAUGUACGUAUGCAUGUAUUUACUAUGUAUGUAUGUAUGUAUGUAUGUAUGUAUGUAUGUAUGCAUGUAUGUAUAUGGUAAUAUGUAUGUAUGUAUGUAUGUAUGUAUGUAUGUGUUAUGUAUGUAUGUGUGUAUGUAAGGAUCUAUCUCUGUAUAUAUGUAUCAUGUAUGUAUAUAUGUAUGUAUGUAUGUAUGUAUGUAUCUAUGUAUGUGUAUGUAUGUAUGUACGUAUAUAUGUAUGUAUGUAUGUAUGUAUGUAUGUAUGUAUGCAUGUAUGUAUGAUGUAUGUAUGUAUGUAUGUGUGUAUGUAUGUAUGUAUGUAUGUAUGUAUGUGUGUAUGUAUGUACGCUGUAUGUAUCUAUGUAUGUACGUAUGCAUGUAUGUAUGUAUGUAUGUAUGUAUGUAUGUAUGUAUGUGUAUGUAUGUAUGUAUCUAUCUAUGUAUGUACGUAUGUAUGUAUGUAUGUAUGUGUGUAUGUAUGUGUGUUAUACGUAUAUAUGUAUGUAUGUAUAUAUGUAUCUAUGUAUGUGUGUAUGUUUGUGUGUAUGUAUGUAUGUAUGUAUGUAUGUAUGCAUGUAUGUAUGAUGUAUGUAUGUAUGUAUGUAUGUAUGUAUGUAUGUAUGUAUGUAUCUAUGUAUGUAUGUAUGUAUGUCUGUAUAUAUGUAUGUAUGUAUGUAUGUAUGUAUGUAUGUAUGUAUGUAUGUAUGUAUGUAUGUAUGUAUGUGUAUGCAUGUAUGCACGUAUGCAUGUAUGUGUGUAUGCAUGUAUGUAGUAUGACCACAAAUGUACGAAUGACUUGUGGGUAUGCUUGUUGUUGUUUCAUCACACCCUUUACAAAUGAUAUAAAAGAUGAAUAU